GAAAGCGGCUCUCUGUAUCUGACACGUACACCAGUGGGCCCUGUCCCAGAUGACACAGUGGCAGCUUAUCAGAACGCGGACGGAGGAUGCGGUGGUCGGACAACGCAGGAAGAGGAAGCCACGGGACCGCGGCGUGGGUAUGCGUGUCGGGCUGGCAGACAAGUGCGUGCGGUCAGUGUGCAGCUCAGCACAGCACAGCACAGCAGAGACCAGCCAGCCAGCCAUGGACGUGAAGGCGGCCGCCCGCACGCCAGCGCAGGCCCCAAGCAGGUCCUCAUACAGCAUGGACCCCAAGGUGAGCUUCUGGCGGACGGCGGAGGGCGGCCGGGCCAGCAUCUGCGGCAGCUCUUCCUCGUCGGCCUACGUGUACGUCGACCUGCCGCCCGCCACCGGCGCCGGCGACGAAGACCUCAAGGGCGCUGCGCCGCCCGUGCUCUCGCUCAGCUUCGCCGCCAAGCUGUUCGAGCUGGUGCUGACGCUAGUGGCAGAAGGCCUGUACGCGGCGGGCGACGCGCUCAUCACGGACAACUUCCGCACGUUCAUCUUCCCGCACGUCGUCUACAACACGUUCAUCAUCGUCAGCGGGAUCGUCGUCACCAGCUACCUGCUGCGCAUCAAGAUGCAGGAGCUGCUCGUGCUGAGCAUGGUGUGCCAGGCGCUGGCGGUGCACACGCUGCCGGGGAACAUGUCGACGGGCGUGCUGCAGCACAUCACGUACGGCGGCUACAUCAUCAUCGUCACCGUCACCCUCAUCGGACUCUCCACCAACGAGCGCAUACCGCGCAAAAUCGACAUGGUCUACUCGCUGACUGGUGCCACGCUGCAGAUGGCCGCGGGCAGCAACCUGAUCGACAAGGUGCGCAGGAUCCACAGCUGGCCGCCGCUGUACUACAACGGCCGUGCCUGCGGACUCGCCUGCGGGUCGCUCGCCAUCAUCAACUCUGCCUUCUUCCUGAUCGACUUCAUCAUCCCCUUCUUCGACCUGGAUGACGACGAGGACGACUACUACUACUGAGCAGCGGCUGGUCGCUCUCAACUGAACGGCCAGAUGCGCGCCGUUUCGGACUCGGCGCCCGUGCGGUUAUCGUGGCAAACUGCGAACUCAACUGGAACAUCUAGUGUCAAGCUGAAAGUAUACAACUGUCAAUGAUCACCAAGCGAAAAUGUGCUUUAUUACCCUGCGUCGUUUUACAGAGCCAUUACAGGAACAUUUCCUCGAAUGGUCCUCUCCACGAACAGGUCUUUCUCGACAAAAAAAAAUUGGAAUCACACGUGCUUAACUUGUAGCAUCGUGAAACGCUUGGUGAAUUCCUAAAAGCAGAAAUUAAAAUCAAAACACUAUUUAAAUUUCGUGCCGACAGCUAAAGAUAACAAGAAAAGCAGUGAAAGCAGAACAUAAUUUACAACUUACAAAGAUUUGCGUAGCUAUCACAGACAGAACUGUUGAUAAAAAAUUAACGCAGAGACAGCUCCAAACAUGAUGGCGUAGGCGCAUCCUUCUCGUUGUAGACGAACACACUCGCAGGAAAUCAGUUUCACGCAUAAGUUUCUAGGCGCAACCAAUGCUAACUAAAGCGCAUUUCAGUCCAACGACAAAUUUCAAGUGUGCGUUGAUGUUAGACCACCUUCCGUCUUCUCUGAACGGUUUAAUUUACGUGAAGGUGCUGUUUCAAAACACAGGCUGCGAAUCACUGUUCUGGCAAGAAAAAUCGAUUUGUACUUCUCGCCGGUCUUUCAGGCAUAACAUAAAAUAACACCACUCGUUUUACAAACAAGCGCAACAAUGGUCGAUCAAAUAUGGUUAUCAUUUAGCAGAAGAGUACAACAAAUUCUGAUACUAAAUUCCGGGAAUCUUUACGUGUAGAAUUCAACGGUCUACCGUGCUACUCAACACUGCCGAUAUAAUAACGUAAAAAACCUGUUUUUUUCUCUUCUCGCAGGCCUUUUUACACACCUUUCAUUAUAAGUGGCAAGUGAUCUGUUUGAAAUGUAUUAACGAAUUCAGAAUAUUUGACUAAGA